UUGCAGUGUGGGAGGAGCGGAAGAGGAGGAAGUCGUUCUACAGCAGAUUGGAUAGUGUUGCUUCAGAUUCAGUUGUGAAAACGAAGCUGCACGCGACCCGCGCCGUGUUUUCAGAGAGAGCGGAGAGCGUCGGACGUUUCCGAGCGCAGAAAGAAGGAGCGGUUUUGACUGAGGACGGAUGUUUUGCGGAGCGGCGUUUUAAACUGCCUGUACGGACUAAACUCUUGAGUUCACCGGUGUGAAAGCGAGCAGUAUGCAUUCGGACUGCAGGCUGCUAUGGGCAGAGCGGUAAUGGUGGGUAGGGGACCGAGAGAGGCCGGGCUUUUCUUCCUGUCGACUCUCAUCAUCCUCCUCACCGCCAGAAGCAGUCGAGCGCAGAAAGGUGAUGGCUGUGGCCCCAGUGUGUUGGGCCCCAGCAGUGGGACCCUGUCCUCUCUGGGUUACCCAGGGACGUACCCCAACCACACAGUGUGUGAGUGGGAAAUCAGUGUGCCGCAGGGCCUGAGGCUACACUUCCGCUUCGCUGACCUGGACAUAGAGGACAACAACUGUCAGGUCAACUACCUCAGAAUCUACGACGGUGUAGGACCCCAGAGGACCCAGAUAGUGAAGUUCUGUGGUCUGGGUCUGAAGGUUCCUGAGCUCAUCCAGUCCGGUGGGAACCGGGUCACCAUCCAGUUCAUGAGUGGAACUCACCGCAGUGGGCGGGGCUUCUCCCUGUCCUACUCCACCACAGAACACACAGAUCUGAUCACCUGUCAAGACAAGGGAAUCCACUUCACUGAGGCAGAGUUCACAAGAUACUGUCCUGCAGGAUGUCUGACCUCUGUUGGGGAGAUCUCUGGGACCAUACCCCAUGGCUACAGAGACUCGUCUCCAGUGUGUCUAGCAGCCAUCCAUGCAGGUGUAGUGUCUAGCUCUGUGGGCGGUCAGAUCAGUGUGGUUAGCAGUAAGGGCAUCCCUCACUACGAUGGCUCGCUGGCUAACAACGUCUCCUCCACUGUUGGUCCCUUGUCCAACAGCCUCUUCACUUUCAAGACCAGUGGUUGCUAUGGGACACUGGGUCUAGAGUCGGGCGUUGUUAGGGACUCCCAGCUCUCUGCUUCCUCGGUGUGGGAAUGGAGUGACGUGAUUGGCCAGCCCAGCGAGUGGGGCCCAUCUGGGGCCCGCCUUAAAAGGACAGGGCUUCCCUGGGCGUCGGCUCACAGCGACCAGCAGCAGUGGCUACAGGUGGAUCUGAAGAAGGAGAAGAGGAUUACAGGCAUCACCACUACAGGCUCCUCCCUCCUGGAGUAUCAGUUCUACGUGUCAGCCUAUCGGGUCCUCUACAGCAAUGACGGACAGAACUGGAGCGCCUAUCGGGAGGCAGAUGCUACCCAGGACAAGACUUUUCAAGGAAACACCAACUAUCUCCAUGAAGUACGCAAUAACUUCAUCCCACCAAUCGAGGCGCGGUAUGUGAGGAUGAGCCCUGCCCAGUGGCACCAGCGAAUCGCCCUCAAGUUUGAGCUGCUCGGAUGCCAGUUCCAUCAAGCGAGACCACGGAUAUACCGCCCCCCUCGGCCUCCCACUCCCCCAGUGGCCACAGACACCCCCCCACUGUACGGCUUGAGCACCCACACCCCUGACAUCAGAAACACCACCAUGCCCCCACGCACCAGCAACGACGUGGCGUUGGCAGCAGUGUUGGUGCCAGUGUUGGUCAUGGUUCUGACCUCCCUCAUCUUGACAAUGGUCUGUGCCUGGCACUGGAGAAACAGGAAGAAGAGUUCUGAGGGGGCUUAUGAUUUACCUCACUGGGACCGUACAGACUGGUGGAAGAGUAUGAAGCAGUUCCUGCCAUCCAAGAUGGCAGAGGGGGAGGAGUCAGUUCGCUACAGCAGCAGUGAAGUGGGCCGGCUCAGAGGAAGAGGGAACGCCCCUAGACUACAGGCCGAACCCGCAGGUAUACACACACACACACACAGCGAACUGAGUGUUUGUAUGUGUAACACACCCUCUUCAUCUCCUGCAUUAGAAUAUGCCCAGCCCCUGGUGAGCGGUGUGGUGACAUCACUAGGUCAGAGGUCAACCUUCAAGCCAGAGGAAGGUUCUGACCCUGGCUACACUGACCCUGACCUCUACGACGCUCCUAUAGCAACAGACAUCUACCACGCCUACGCUGAACCCCUGCCUGCCUCCGGCGCCGAGUACGCCACGCCCAUCGUGAUUGACAUUGCAAGCCACCUAUCAGGGAGCUCCUCGCUGAGCCAGCCAACCACAGUCUCCAGCUUCAUCGGCCAUGGCCCCGCCUCCCUGCUCGCACGGACAGACAGUGGGCAAUCGGGGAGGUCAAUGUACGACACACCCAAGAGUAUAGGACAGGCCAUGCCCACUGUGGAUCUAGCCUAUCAGGUGCCUCAGAGCAGCUCUCAGAAGCCAGCAGGGCAGAGCUGAAGGGGCGGAGUGAGGACUGUGAUUGACAGGGCCGAAACCAUAAACCACAUCCCCCAUGGACAGAGAGAGGGGGAUAUAACCCUGGGUCUGAGUCUGUAAAGAACACACUACCUUAAAGUGAGUUCACUUUGUCUGUAUGUGAGUGUGUCUACACAGGAGUCUGUAUGUACAGUAUGUGUGUGUUUACAUGUACAUGCGUGGCCGGAGAGUGCUAGCAUAGUGCCAUACCAGUCCUAUCACUGAAACCACAAAGAUGAAUGUCUACAUGAAAGAGAAAGAGGAGAGAUGGAGAGCUCACUACUGUUUCAGCCAGGCUUAGUCCACUCUGUCAAUGUGUCUUAAUUGUAUGUUUAGUCAAACUGUGAGUUUAUAUUCCUUUAAUUCCUUUCAUGUGUCAAUUUAAAAGUGAAGUAAUUCUCCAAAGAUAGGUUCUCUGAAAUGGUUGCCUUCUAUUAUAGGCAAUGUUUCUACCACUAAUGUGUUCUAAUAGUGUUCUCUGCAUAAAGGCCGAAGGUCACCUAUGUCUAAAGAGGAGUUUCCUCAUUUUUACUACGGUACGCUUUGAUUGGAGGCUUUUAGAUCUGUUAGUUCUCAAAAUCAGAUCUCAUAAAACUUUUGAAUGUAACCAUUCACCUUUGUACAUAAAUCUAGAGUGAAAUCCACACCAAAAACCUGUGUUUCUCAAAAUGAUUAUCUUUUAUUUAUUUUUCUUUCAUAAUUCCUGCUGAAAAGGACAUACUCUCACUUAAGAAAAGCAAAUGUUCCCAACCAUUAUGGACAGCGGUGACGAAUCCUCUUCCACACGGAAGGCAUCAAAUAAUUAUGGUUGCACUGUUUUCAUGGUUACAUGGUUCAUGGGGGGGGGGGGUAGUCCAAGUUUGGGAAACCCUGGUCUAGGUUACCGCGUCAGCCUUAAAGAGCUGCGUAUAGGUCACGGAUCCUGUCAAAGAUGGUACGGAGAGAAAACAAUAUCACUAGUGACCAGUCAGCAUACUGAAGUCAGAAACACUUCAAAUUCCAAUAUACAGUAUGCAGGUGAAUGUGCAUCUUUGUCUGAAUGACUCUGCUGUGUGUAUUUCUUGGACAUUGAUUGUCUCUACUGUAUGAUUGCUGUCUUUCGUGUGUGUGUAUGUGAUAACUUUCCUUAGUGUCUUUGUGCAAGUAGCUGUGUCUGUUGAACCUUUGUAUCGGUGUGUGUCUAUCUUUGUAUGGCUGUCCUAAAGAGAGUAUCUAGCUAUGUCUGUAUGAGUGUACUGUAUCUGUGUUUGAUUAGUCAUGUCUGUAGUAAUGGAUGUCAGGAAAUAAUUUGUCAGGUCACUCCCUGUCCUGAACACCAAAUCUGAUCCUGGACCAGUUUGUUAAAGGUUAGGACAUCAGUAGGGAAGGCUGGCCCUAGGUCAGUGUGUGUGUUUCUGUGAGUUCACAGAUUGUACAAAGAGAAAUAAAGACUUUAAAAAUAA